CCGGAAAUCCACAAGUAAGAACAUGUCAGAGUAGUCCACCGUGUGUUGCCGAUGUUGGUUACGUAUCUUCAAAUUUUGCUGUGAUAAACACUGCUUGACCUAAACACUAACCUAACAGAUCUGCAUAUGCUAACUUAUUUGAAGUACGUUUUUAGUCACAGAAUCAUGACAUCUUAGCCGUCUUCGUUAGAUCCCACAGUAGCCUUAGAUCGCACAGCAUUAUAACAUCUUAGCCUUCUUCAUUAGCUCGUACUCGAAUGUAUCAGCCAUAGGCAAGUGGAUGCAGAGACCGCGACAAUAUAGAAGUGAAUUCCUCCGUGCGAAAUGCGACGUGCCAGUUAUUUAUGUAAUGUCGCUCUCUGUAACUUUUACAAACAAGGAAACAGAGCUUGAAAGCCAUUGUAUUUUUUUCCUUUGUGGUUUUCCCCAGACUAUAUAAGAAACUCUGGGCGGAUCAUCUCUGGUCCGUUGCUAACAUGGAUCUUGGACUGCCGUCGAGCUCUGGCUGUGAUGAAACACACCAGGUACCCCUGAGAGUGAAAGAAGAGGACAUAAAAGAAGAGGAAUAUGGACAUAUGAUUACAUGCCAGGAUGAAGAAGAAAAGCCCAUUGCAGAUCUUCACUGUAAAACUGAAUCAGACUUCACAGAGUCACUAAGCUCCACUCAUAAUGAAACACUACAGACAACAGUGGAGGUUAAAGUGAAGAAAGAAGAGGAUGAGCAACAACACAACGAUUGUUUUCUGGAAAGAAACUCUGGACAGGAUCAUCUCUGGUCCGUUGCUAACAUGAAUCUGGGACUACCGUUGAGACCUGGCUGUGAUGAAACACACCAGGUACCCCUGAGACUGAGAGUGAAAGAAGAGGACAUAAAAGAAGAGGAAUAUGGACAUAUGAUUACAUGCCAAGAUGAAGAAGAAAAGCCCAUUGCAGAUCUUCACUGUAAAACGGAAUCAGACUUCACAGAGUCACUAAGCUCCACUCAUAAUGAAAUACUACAGACAACAGUGGAGGUUAAAGUGAAGAAAGAGGAUGAGCAAGAACACAACGAUUGUCUUCUGGAAAGUGCAUCAGAACAUCCAGAUGGAACACAACAUAAGAUCCAUGGACAGAAUGAUGAACUCAGCCAGCAACUCAAUGGAAGGCCGUACCACUGCACAGUCUGCCUGAAGAGUUUCACAGUCCUGAGAGAACUCGAGGAACACCAGAAAACACACACUCUUAGUGUUACUCAAAAGCAGAACACUGGUGCAUCAGAACAUCCAGAUGGAACACAACAAAAGAUCCAUGGACAGAAUGAUGAACUCAGCCAGCAACUCAAUGGAAGGCCGUACCACUGCACAGUCUGCAGGAAGAGCUUCACAGUCCUGAGAGAACUCGAGGAACACCAGGAAACACACACUCUUAGUGUUAAUCAAAAACAGAACACUGUUAUACCGGGAUCCACCUUUAAAAUGUGUAUCUCGUGCCAAGCACGCAUCUGGGUGGCAUGCAAGAGGUGCAAGGUUUGUGGUGCUGAACAGCCAAAGAAGGCUGCCCUUGAGAAGGUGAAGGCGAGGGCCACAAAGGAGUGGGCACAGAAGAUGGUCCGAGGCCACAAUGUCCCCAAGGUUCUCGAUAAGGCAUCAGCCCUGGUGUUCCAAAUGCAGCAAGUGGGCUUGUGCCCACUCCUGUUGUUCUGCCGCACUAAAGCCACAGGUGUCAAAGCGGAUCUUUCCACCUCGAUUGUGCCUAAAACGGACCAAGAGAAGAAGGCUCUUGUUCACAUUAAGACCCUAUUUGAGGGUCUCGUGAAAUCAGUGGCAGCUCGAUCCGCUACACCUGGGACGCCUGCACCACCUCCCUCUGCUACAACAGGGAAAUCUGCACCACCUACCUCUGCUACAACAGGGAAAUCUGCACCACCUACCUCUGCUACACCUGGGACGGAAAUCUGCACCACCUACCUCUGCUACACCUGGGACAUCCGCACCACCUCCCUCUGCUACACCUGGGACGCCUGCACCACCUCCCUCUGCUACACCUGGGACAUCUGCACCACCUCCCUCUGCUUCCCCAGGGACAUCUGCACCACCUCCCUCCGCUACACCUGGGACAUCUGCACCACCUCCCUCUGCUUCCCCAGGGACAUCUGCACCACCUCCCUCUGCUACACCUGGGACAUCUACAUCACCUCCCUCUGCUACACCUGGGACAUCCGCACCACCUCCCUCCGCUCCAUCCUUGGACCAGGUGUUUACAUUUACAUUUAG